UGUCAAGCGGCGGCCACCAACGUGGAGCGCGGCGGCCUUCUUCCGCCGGGCGUCGGGCGGGCUCCCGCGGGCCCGGCCAGCCGCAGCCGUUAGGCGGCCGCGCUCGCUCCCCUCGGCGGGGGGCGGCAGGCAGCGGGAGGCCGCGCCGCCGCCGCGCGGGGGCUCACCUGUUGGCCCGGGCCGCCGCUGCGCUCUCGCGCCCACGCACACCCCCCCCCCCCCCGCCCCGCCGUUGGGCCCGGCCGCCGCCGCCGCCGCCAUGGCGGAGACCGAGGAGAGGAGCCUCGACGACUUCUUCGCCAAGCGGGACAAGAAGAAGCGGAAGGAGAAGAGCAGCCGAGGGGCCGCCGCCGCCUCCAGCGCUUCCAACGCCGCCUCUAACGCCGCGGGGGCGGCCGCGGCGACCGGGGGAGCCCGCCCGGCUGAUGGUAGCAGCUCUGGGGCCGCCGCCUCCAACGCCGGCUCCGCCAAGACGGCGACCAAGGAAGAGGAUGAUUGGAAGGAGUUUGAGCAAAAGGAAGAAAUCGAUUAUAGUGGUCUUAGAGUUCAGUCCAUGCAAAUAAGUGAAAAAGAAGAUGAUGAAAGUGAAAAAAGAGAAGAACCUGGUGACAACUGGGAGGAGACUGGUGGUGGUGUAGACAGAUCAUCUGGUCCUUGGAACAAGUCAGCUCCUGCACCAGCACCUGUCGUUGAACCAAUUGUAACAGAAACCCCAGAACCAGUUCAGACUGGUGGUGUAUACAGGCCGCCUGGUGCCAGGGAGGGCGGCAGGCCACGGAGAGCACAGCAAGGACCACCAGAAAUCUAUAGUGAUACGCAGUUUCCAUCACUGCAGUCCACCGCCAAGCUUGUAGACAGUCGAAAGGAUAAAGAAAUGGAGAAGAGCUUUGAAGUAGUAAAACACAAAACUAGAGGUAGGGAUGAGGUCUCAAAAAACCAGGCACUUAAACUUCAGCUAGACAACCAGUAUGCUGUGCUUGGGGAUCAGUAGAGCUGCAUACACAUUACAAUUAAGGAAUGCUUUUAUGGUAACCCUUCUACUAAGGUAACUAAACUACAGCUAACGGCUAUGAUGAACAUGCCACCUUAUUUCUGCUGGAUCUACUGCAGCAAGUGCAGACUACUUUUGACAUAAGUGAUUGGUUCUCCUGCACUAUGGAAGCAUAAUAUGUUACAACUUCUUCAUUGGAUAUGGGGCAAAUUAAUGUAAAUGGUUGAACAAGAGUCAUCAGUGUUCUUUAAUUGCUCAGAAAGAUACCUACAGCCAGUGGUCAUUUCAAAAUCUUUUUAUGUUCAGAUACUGAGCCUUCGUAAAGGUUGACUACCUCAGACUUGCUGCACUCAUUGUGGACACCAUGUGGAUCACAACUUCUGGAAGAGAAGGUUACAGCUGUUUUAGUGGCCAUCUGAAACUUGAAACCAGCUCUACUGGAUUCCUGUCAGAAAUCCCGCAGAAGUCAGCCAUUUGGUUCCAAUUUGCUAUAACAAAGAUUUAAGUGACCUUAAUGACAAACCUGUUCUGUUCCCCUUCUGAGGAAUCCUGUCAUGUGUAGCCAUAGCCUACUAGAGACUUCUGGAGCGUACCAUACCACUCAUACUAUCAAAGUAUAACAGAGCUGUAGUUUGUUUACCUUUUUAGAUAGCUGUGCUGAUAACUGCAAAACAAACGAAAACUCAGUAUCAGAUUUGAGGAAUGAUGGGUUUGAAUGGUCUGUUUGCAUUAGCCAUUUUCAUGUUUGUCUGUUUAAAUGUUUUUUUCUAUUCUCCACAAAAAAAAAGCCUGCCUUGUUUCUGGUAUCAAAUUGCAGUAUAUUAACGUGAGAUGUUGUAAUGAAAUAGGGUUUAUUUUGUUUUUUAUCAUAAGUUUGUCUUUCUUACCCUAAAGCACUAAGACUUUAGAGUUUUGAUUUGACAGAGAGGUAUCCAGAUUCCAACUAGUCUUCAGAAUUUAUCUUUAAAAAUGAGAUACAUGGCAGUAGCGAUACUAGAUAAAAUUUUCUCCUAAAAGUAGUUGGUUGUUGAAGGGUAAUGGUUAAUUGAUAACCAGAAUAACUUAGUAUGCAGAGGGAUAACUGAAGCUGGUAAGCCUUAUUUGUUUGGCUACUUCUGUGAAGCAUGCAGGCUUUUUGAGGCAGAAAUCCUCUAAGGAAAACUCAUAAAUGGUGUUUAUUCAGUCAGGAAGUUUAGUAAUAGUGGAAGGCAGUGACUUCUUUAAGUUGUUGUCAUCUCUGACUUAAUUUAGUGGAAGUAGGCAAAAUGGCACUGAUACACUAAAAAUACAGGACAUUGUCCGUAACUCUGAUUCACUGAAUGAAAUCUGUCAAGUACCAAAAGUGUCCUGCUGUAACUUCUCUUCUCUGAAUUAUUGCACCAGAAAUGAAGUAAAAUAGUGGCGUGCUCCAGUGUUGAGGUUUCUCAAGAGUAAAUGCCAAAAAAUAGACCCAACAUCUGUAAGAGUUGCCAAUGGCAAGAAAAAGAAGGGAACAAAACUUGCUUACAUGUGUGGGAGUACUGUGUAUGUGCAGAAGAUGAGGAUAGUGCAGGAAUUGCCUAGCUGGGUUCCCUCUGACUAACUGCUGACUUGCUUUAAAUCUACUUCUCUGAGGCCAAUGGGAAUUUUGCUGUUGACUUCAGUGCGGCUGGGGUUCCGCCUGGUUCUUUUGUGCACAGGCUAAAACUGGCCUUGGCCUUGCAGAGUUAAUUGUCUCUAAAACUUCUGCUAGAAGCUGCUAUUAAAGAGAGGGCUCAAAAGACUAUUCUUAAAGUUGGAGACUUCAUUUGGAAACAAAAUCCCACUGAAAGACUGAUACCGAUAUCUUGGACUCUGAGCCAUGUAUCUUCCUUGAAAAUUCAACAGCAAAACCUGUUGAUUUGUCACUAAAGAUUUCUGUGGAAUUUGUGGUAAAUGGACAUGUCGCUUGAUAUGGUAGAAAUGUGAAAUCUUAAAAACUCUUUUCCUGAUGCUUUAAAGCAAUUGAGAUCACCAAUGCACAUGAAUCUAGUUUUAGUCUACUGUAUGAAGGGUAGAUGAGACUGUCCAUUGUACCAUCUUUAUUUGAGGUUUUGGGCAUGAAUUCUGGCAGUUCAAGACAACCUUGUAACAGUUUCAAAUCAAAUAAAAUGGAAAUAUACAUGGAUUCUGGAGUCUAAUGAAUCUUUACCUUAAGUUCUAGCUUAUGACCAUACAACAGCUGAGGAAACAGAACGUUUAGAUCCCUUUAAGGGACAGGCCAUGGGGUGGGUAGUCAGCCCUAUGGUCAGGUGGCCUAUGUUUAAGAGCUUAUAGCAGUGCAUAUUAAUAGGACUUAUUCAUACCUAGAAGUUUAGUUUGCUGCCUCUCAGAGUGUCUUCCUACUCCCACCAUCUAGGACUAGUUUGAGAUUGUGAAUUGAGUAUGAAUGAAGCUUUGAUUUGCUUUUCACUUGAAAGUAGCUCUGCUAAAUUAAGGAGGGGAAAAAAAAGAAAGAAACCAAACUUCUGCAUGGUUGCUGUCACUGGAGUCCAUCAGCUACUGAUAACUAGAAGUGUUAUUCUGGAGGCUUUUUUUGAAGUGUAUCAUUCCAGGUUCUUUCUGGAGGCAUAAAGAAAAAAAAAACCCAGCCAGAAAUGCCGCCAAUUUCCAUAAUACAGAAUGUUAAACUAUUUUAAAGUGUUUCUUGUGUUAAAUAUUGCUGCCAGCAACUAUCAAAAUGCCAGUUGUCAGUAUCUUCCUUAUAACAAUUGAUUGUUCUGCAUACCUGAAAUUUUGAAAGUCGGUUCUCUGUGGAAGUUCAGUAUGCUUUUGAGACUCUGAAGUCCAACUUUAUCUGGUUUGUUGCAUUCAUUCAAGGCAUGCUAAGAAUGUCCAUUUCAUUCCUUUGAAAAGCUUGUUGAGGGCUCAUGCCAUAAAUGAAGGAUUAUCAGUUGUAGAAAUGAGAUUCUUGAUACCAGUCAGUAAAAUGCAGUUUGCUGCUUCAGGAACUUCCUUACCUGUAACAUGCUGUUACGGUGGGUUAGUUACUAAUUUCCAAUGUCCAGUACUUGCUGGGAAAGGAACAGCUUGGAUUUGUGGUUCUUGGUGAUACAGUCUGUAUUUAAGGAAUGUUAAAAUGCCAAAAACUAGGUAGCUUUAUUGAAGUUGGACUUCUCAAAUGCCUGCCGUAGGAAUCUGGCAUCUGUAUUUACUUGAGCCGAUGAUGAAUGUAAGAGAGGAUUAGUUUUCCUCCCCUUCCUCCCUGGUUUAGCUGUGCCAUGUUUAAUCUUACUCACAAAUGAAGAUAAAUGGGACAACUAAAAGUGACUGUCUCCUAUUUCAGUUUUGUCUUUGUAGCUAGCUUUACCAGUCAUGUCCACAGUAGUUCUCUUACAAAACUUACAAAUAGAUGAAUGGUACAAACUGUGUUAAGACACCUGACACCACAGGGACUAGGGCGUUUGGUAUCUGACUGCAUCUUUUGGCUUCUUGGAAACUUUCACCACAACAGGCUGAGACACCUGUGCUGUUCAGGUCAAGUAAACAAUGUAAACUUGACAGGGCUGCACAUCUUGGAGCUUUUGCAAUAGUUACAUCUUUGUCUGUCUUGUUUCAACCUGGUUGAGCAGUUACGAAGUUGCUUGUGAUUUUCUGUCAAAUACCAUAACUAAAAUAGAGCAGAUAAUUCCUUUUUAAACUAAGAAGGCUUCAUGUCCUUAAAAAGUGUUUAUUUACAAGGCAGUAAUAUUAUUCUUUCCAAUAUUGAUAUGGUCAGACAAAUUAAUAUCUCCUAUUUUACAUGAGCAAUUUGUAUCAGAGGCCCAAGAAACUAAAUCUUACCAAAACUACCUCAGGUACUUAAGAGGUUUUUACGAAUAGCCACAACCCAGGUUUUGCUGUCUGACUGUAAUUUAGUUACUGAAUUGUCCCUCUGUUUUCAGCUUACACUUUCACAAACUGGUUUUAAUGAUAGUGGGUUUAUUUGGGAAUGUAAGAAAAUAGUAACAUGCAUAUUUAAAUUUCAGAUACGUACAUUAGGUAUGUAAAAAAGGGGAGGAAAUCUGACAUCUGCUGAUAAAUUUUUCAAAAAAAGUUAAAAAGUCAGCUUGUCUGUAUAGGGAUUCAUAUAAGAACCUGCAGGCUCUAACAGAUGGAAGAAGAAAUGACAGCAGAAAACAGAACUGAGGAGUCUAAUACCAGUUUGUAUUGGUAUUAGAAAAUGAAUCUUCUGAUGCAUGAUGAAGAGCAGAUGUCUUCAUCAAUUUGGAUAAGCUGUAACUAUCAUGUAUCUAGAGUUUGGCUUUCGAAACACCAAGUGUAGUUCUGCCAUGUUCUGUUUGAAACAAAAUAAAACAUGAAGGAAGAUUUUUUGUUUUUGUUUUUAUAUUAGGGAGAGUGGAAAUUAUGCAAAUGAAACACGGGAGGUAUAAAAGAGGGAUUAGGAAGGCAGUUCUCUAAAUGAUAGUAUUAAAUGCAUAGCCUGAGGUAGGGAGCAGGGCGUUAAGUGGUUGGAUAUAAGUUCUGCGUGGGUAAGCACUGCUUUCACAAGUGACAAAUCCAUCUGACUAGAUCAGCAAAAGCGUUUGAAGUUCAGUACUUGGGGAAGGCAUGCCACUUUAUCUUUCCCCUUUAAAAGAAAUUAAUCUGGAAAACCUGUCCAGAGAGAACGUAGAAUUUUGCACUGGUACAAAGCUGUCUAACCAGUUGCCUAAAGAGAGAACUGGGAAAGGACAGAUUCCAAGAUAGUUCAGCAAUCUUAUUAGGAAAGAACUAGGUUUAUAUUUAAGAAAACUUCACUCCUCCAUGAUAAAAAGCUAAGACACUGAUUCAAAUUGCUAUGAAGAUAUUACCCCUUGCAUCUUUUAAUGGUACGUAUAUCAUGGUUUAUGUUCAGUUGCUUAGAAUAAUGUUGAUAUAGCAAGGUUAAUGAAGUUCAGUGGGCUGCUUAGCCUGAAUACAAAUAUUUAAAAUAUAUCACAGUAUUAAUGAGUCACCAGAGAAAGUAGUGCAUCUGGAAUACUGGAAUGGAAGGUAUCAUCUAAGACAACUGCAUGCACUGAAAAGAAGUAAGCCCAUUUUGUAGCAAGAGCAGAGGAUGAAGAGAGUUGGUGUUCAGGCUUGGUUUUCCACUGAGCUGCUGUGUUAACUCCAAGUAAUUUAGUUACAGUAUCCUCUGUUUCCCCAGCUGUACCAAAACCCCUCGACAACCUACCUCACAGGGAUGUUGUGAGGCCAAAGCUGUUCUUUGUCAAGGGCUGGGGCUGAUGGAAGGUGCUAAAGAGGACUAAAAAUCUUUAUUAAAAGAACUUUAUAUUAGCUUUCAUUACAGUAUUUUAAUACUACUUUGGGAAAGGCUUAUUUCUACUGAGUGUAAUAUACAUUCUGUUUAAGUAUUAUGGCAUCAGACAUUUUACUAUGUAUGAGUAAGGAAAAAGUUCAGGCUGAGUACUUUAAACUGCUAUUUCCUCUCUAAUUAUCUGUGUGACCCAAAUGGUAUAGUAAUAUGAGGCUUUUUGGUUUUAUGUGGAAUCCAUUAAAAUCAAUACUGCUACAUUUUGUAAACCCCAUGACAAAUAAAAUUGUGCUCACAGUUGAUA